AUGAACGGUGUUCGCAUUUUUUGUUUUCUCCUCGAGACGAGACAAACAAUUCUGGAGACGAAGGAUGGAGGAAACACUUGGGCUCCGCGUUCCAUUCCCUCUGCCGAAGACGAAGAUUUCAACUAUCGCUUCAAUUCUAUCAGUUUCAAAGGGAAGGAAGGGUGGAUAGUUGGAAAACUUGCGAUUCUGUUGUACACUACUGAUGCUGGAGAAAGCUGGGAGAGGAUACCGCUCAGUGCUGAACUUCCAGGGGAUAUGCAUUGUGCAAUAUAUAUUACUACUAACAGAGGUUACAACUGGAGGGUUGCUGUUCAGGAAACUGUGUCAGCUACUCUUAACAGAACAGUUUCUAGUGGUAGUAGGGGUGCAAGCUAUUACACUAGGACUUUCAAUACUGUCAAUCGCUCUCCCGAUGGAAGGUAUGUUGCAGUCUCAAGUCGGGGCAACUUCUACUUAACCUGGGAGCCUGGUCAGUUGAUUCUAUAG